GUGCUGGUGUCUCUGAUGUUGUCUAGCCAGACAAGGGACCAGGUGACCAGUGCAGCUGUGCAGAGACUCAGGGCUCAUGGCUGUACGGUGGACAACAUAGUCAACACUGACGAUGACACACUGGGACAACUCAUCUACCCUGUCGGCUUCUGGAGGGUAACACACACACUAUACACUGCCUUCAGAAGGUAUUCACACCCCUUAACUUUUUCCACAUUAUGUUGUGUUAUAAAGUGGGAUUAAAAUAUAUUUAAUUGUAUUUAUUUCUUUGUCAGUGAUCUACACAGUACUCUUGUCACAGUGGAAGAAAAAUUCUAAUAUUUUUGGAAAAUCCAUGAAAAAUAAAACACUAAUAUAUCUUGAUUAGAUAAGUAUUCAACCCCCUGAGUCAAUACAUGUUAGAAUCACCUUUGGCAGCGAUUACAGCUGUGAGUCUUUCUGGGUAAGUCUCUAAGAGCUUUCCAUACCUGGAUUGUGCAACAUUUGCCCAUUAUUCUUAAAAAAAUUAUUCAAGCUCUGUCAAAUUGGUUGUUGAUCAUUGCUAGACAACCAUUUUCAGGUCUUGCCAUAUAUUUUCAAGGAGAUUUAAGUCAAAACUGUAACUCUGCCACUCCGGAACAUUAACUGUCUUCUCUAUAAGCAACUCCAGUGUAGAUUUGGCCUUAAGUUUUAGGUUAUUGUUCUGCUGAAAGGUGAAUUCACCUCCCAGUGUCUGGUGGAAAGCAGACUGAACCAGGUUUUCCUCUAGGAUUUUGCCUGUGCUUAGCUCUAUUCUGUAAAUGUUUAUCCUGAAAAACUCCCCAGUCCUUAACGAUUACAAGCAUACCCAUAACAUGAUGCAGCCACCUCUAUUACUUGAAAAUAUGGAGAAUGGUACUCCGUAAUGUGUUGUAUUGGAUUUGCCUCAAACAUAACACUUUCUAUUCAGGACAAAAAGUUAAUUGCUUUGCCACAUUUUUUUGCAGUAUUACUGUAGUGUCUUGUUUCAAGCAGGAUGCAUGUUUUGUAAUAUUUGUAUUAUGUACAGGCUUCCUUCUUUUCACUCUGUCAGCUAGGUUAGUAUUGUGGAGUAACUACAAUGUUGUUGAUCCAUCCUCAGUUUUCUCCUAUCACAACCAUUAAACUCUGUAACUGUUUUAAAGUCACCAUUGUCCUCAUGGUGAAAUUCCUGAGCAGUUUCCUUCCUUUCCGGCAACUGAGUUAGGAAGGAUGCCUGUAUCUUUGAAGUGACUGGGUGUAUUGUUACACCAUCCCAAGUGUAAUGAAUAACUUCAUCAUGUUGAAAGGGAUAUUCAAUAUCUGCUUUUUUAUUUUUUACCCAUCUACCAACCCAACUGACCUUCGUUGCAAGGCAUUGGACAACCUCCCUAGUUUUUGUAGUUUAAUCUGUUUGAAAUGCACUGCUCGACUGAGGGACCUUACAGAUAAUUCUAUGUGCGGGGUACAGAGAUGAGGUAGUCAUUCAAAAAUAAUGUUUAACACUAUUAUUGCACACAGAGUGAGUCAAUGCACUUGUUAAGCAAAUAUUUACUCCUGAACUUAUUUAGGCUUGCCAUAACAAAGGGGUUGAAUACUUUACUCAAGACAUUUCAGCUUUUUAUUAUUAAAUCCACAUUAUGGCCAGUGACAAAAAAUCUCAAUUUAAUCCAUUUUAAAUUCAGGCUGUAACAAAAAACUCAAGGGAUGUUAAUUCUUUUCUGAAGGCACACACACUCUUACUACACCAUGUCUUCCUUUGAACAUGAGUAUGAAUAAAACCUUGACAUGCCUUCUCCCCUACCCCCCUCCUCCAGACCAAGGUGAAGUUCCUUGACAUGCCUUCUCCCCUACCCCCCUCCUCCAGACCAAGGUGAAGUUCCUUGACAUGCCUUCUCCCCUACCCCCCUCCUCCAGACCAAGGUGAAGUUCCUUGACAUGCCUUCUCCCCUACCCCCCUCCUCCAGACCAAGGUGAAGUUCCUUGACAUGCCUUCUCCCCUACCCCCCUCCUCCAGACCAAGGUGAAGUUCCUGAAGCAGACGUCAGUGAUGCUCCAGAGGGAGUUUAGAGGGGACAUCCCUAACACAGUGGAGGGUCUGGUACGACUACCUGGAGUAGGACCCAAGAUGGCUCACCUGGCCAUGGACAUCGCCUGGCACCAGGUCUCUGGUAUAGGUAGGUAUGGCUCAAAUAGGACUACAAAUCCCAUACUCUAGUCUGCAUGUUGUUAUGUGGUGUGAUGGGUCUGAUUAUGUGCAGAGUGGUAGUUGUAGUUCUUUUGUUGCUUUUAUUGUGUGUAUAGGCGUGGACACACACGUCCACCGUAUCUCCAACAGGCUGGGAUGGACGAGAGGUGGGACCAAGAACCCAGAGGAGACACGCAAGGCCCUGGAAGACUGGUUACCAAGGUGACAACACCACUUCCUGUCCCUCUGACCUAUCAGGUCACUCGUUAACCAGUCACUGACCAAUCAGAUCCCUUGCAGCAGGAAAGGAAAACAUUUGGCCUUGUGAUUUCUGUCUGACAUGAUGAUUUUGAUGAAGACGGGGAUGGUAAUGAUCUUCCUCUCUCACAGGGAUCUAUGGAGUGAGAUCAACUGGUUACUGGUGGGGUUUGGUCAACAGGUGUGUCUACCUGUCAAUCCUCUCUGCUCUGUGUGUCUGAACCAGCACAGCUGCCCCUCCGCCCACCAAGCCUCCCCAGCCAAGAGGCCUAAAGCUGGGUCACCUCGCUCCCCUAAGACCUCCAGGAUGAAGCUGGAGCCUGGUUCUUUUGGUUUGGGGUUAUCAGCCCCCUCCUCAGCCACACUGGUCAAAGAGGAACCUCUGGCUACCCCCCUCUCCCCUCCUCUGCUGCCCAGAAAAAGGAAGUCCAAAACAUUCUCUACAUGA